AUGACUGAUGUUAUCCCGAUUGCUAAGACUUCAAAGAUACAAGAAUUUGUAGUUGAAAAGUUAUAUCAUGAAAUAUGUUACAGAAAGGCUUCUAGACGUGUCGCGUGGUCUCCUCAAAAUUUGAUAGCAUGGUCGCCUAUUAAUAAUGAUGCAUUUGAUACUCGGUAUCAAUGUUCCGGUCCAAACAUUGGCAUUUUUAAUCCAUGCAGGCUUCCUUCAGACAAUGGCACCACAGGAUCAACUUGGGCUUUUACAAGAAAGAGCAAUUUAUUCCCUCUUAUUGGUAUUGAAAAACAUCACAAUGAUGAAAUCACUGAUCUAGUAUGGAAUCAAACCGGCUCUGCGUUAGCUUCAAUUGAUCAAAGAGGUAAAAUUGCUUUAUGGAUGAUGGACAAUUUUGUAAAUCAAUGGAAUUGUAAAUAUAAUGUUGAUCUGGGUGGAAGUAUUGUCGAAUUCACAUGGCUUGAUUAUGUGCGGGUGUAUUCCCGUGUAUCUGGCGCAACGUAUAAGCGGGGUACAUUUAAAGGUCCGCGAAAUCAAUUUGGAGAGCUCGCAUUUCUAACAGUCACUUCAGAUGGCAAGGUUUCCGUCUGUUAUCAAGAUGGAAAGAAGAAUUUUUCAAAAAUUAGUACAGAAUUGCCGUUCAUAUCUGGUCGUAUAUCACGCAUAUCACAUGCAGACAUAAUACUUGAUCAAGAUGGCCGUUAUAUUUUGGCUAUACAUUGUCCAGAAUAUUGUCAAAAGAUUGUAAUGUUUUAUGAAAUCUUUGUUGAUAUGCUUAAAUUGCAUAUUAAUUGUCAACCAAUUGCAGAUGUACACCUUACCGCUCAUAUAAACGAUUCAUCGUUUACUAUCGAUAGGGCUCAAGCUCCUAUUAUACAUUUAAAGUUAUUAUUAGAUUCCCAGAAAAAUGUAAUUCGAUUGGUAAUCGUCACAGCUGACAAAACUGAUAACGGGGAAGGAGACAACGUUUUUAACAGUGAUGUGGUCAUGUGGGAACUACAAGCGUCUCCUACAAGCUCAGAAGGGAAGCUUAGUAAUUUGUCAUCACGAGACGGUGACCAUUGUAAGGAGAUUCGUUUUGUUGCCAGUGAACCUUUGCCCGGACAAUUAGUAACUAAUAUAUGGGUUCAUAAACAAGAACUUUUUAUUGGUUUCAGUAAUGGUCAGAUGCAAUUUCGUAACUGCACCACGUUACAGGUACUUUCUCAAGUUGGGCCAAGUGUGAUCAAACUAUUUAAGAAUGGGAGUUUUCCCACUUAUAGUACGUGGAUACCUCAUAAUGAGCAGGGUGUCUUAAAUAUAAGUGCAAUAACGGAAUUUGCCACGUCACCCAACGGUACGUUAUUAAUUUGUGGUCGACUAUCUGGUGAACUCGAUUGUUUUGAUAUGGCAGAUAUAAAUUGGGCAUCUUCCGACAUGAUGGAUUUGUUGCAGGUUGUCGGUGCUUGCGUAAAUCAAUUAACCUUGUCUAUACUAAAUAACACGGAUCAUACGGAUUUGGAAAAUAUCGUAAAGAAACAUUCGGAUAUUUCUGCUAUUUCAGUAUCAAAAGAUUCAUUAGAACUUAUAUUAGCUGGAAUUUUUAGCAAUAUUUCUGGCGUUUUCCCGAAUGGGUUUGAAUCCACUAUAUCCUCUGAUUUUUUGAUUAGACUUUUCGGAUUACAGCUUUCACUAUUAAAGUCUUGUGGACGUGAUAAUAUUACAUAUUUGAAUACCUUAUGUAUUAUGCAUCUGCGUGCUUUAGAAAUUACUUUUCGAAAUAGUAAAUCUUCGGAUGGGACUUUUACGGAAGAUUCUCUCCAAUCUCUCGUAUGUCUAACAUCAUGGAUCUUGGAUUUCUUUGCAUAUUUCAUGCGAAAUAUUUAUUUAUUAUACUACACAAAGAGCCAAGGACAUGUUUUAGUUAACAAAAAGUCCCAUAUUGUCCUCCUUUAUCACUCCAUAAGCCGAUCUGCGUUGAAGAGCUUAAUUUUACACAUCAGUCAAUUUGAGAAGUACAUCACCACUAAACUUAAUACAUCUAACCCGACUGAUCCGAAAAAUAAAAUAAUACAAAUAAUGCACCGUUCAUUAAAAUAUUCUUUUGACAAAUGGCCAUUAAAACUGGAUUUAUUAGAUUCAUUCAUUCAAGAAUCUAGCCGGGUUAUUGAAGAAAUAUUCUCAGGAAUAUCCGAUCGUGAAAAAUACCUGCUUAUUCUUCGUUCUGUUUUACCUGCAUCCUUACACGACACUCUAACGAAGAUUGAGCAAAUUUUCAAAACUUCUUUCAGUACUGUCAAUAAAGUUAAACUAUAUGCAUAUGAUACGAAAUGGAUUGAAACUGUUUCUUUCGAUAUCAUUCUCAAAUCGCGUACUAUUGGAGACCGAGUUUGUACACGGUGUGCGCAUUAUUCUGCAAUACGCGAGGUACAAAGCCCUCGAUGGGCAAAAAGUUAUACAAGAUCUUGCAUUUGUGGGGGACUUUGGAUUGAUAUAAGAAAUCAGUAA